GCCAUUGCCAGGAAACCUCUGCCUAUUAUCACUUCGAUCUUGCUGAAAAUACCACACUUGGGCCGAAUAUACUAUUCAAAGGGUAAUCAUGGCUCACUAAGUGACAUUUUGUUGAACCAAAAACCCACACUUCAGCUUCUCAGACUUCUCUGCCUCUCACUGUCGCCGUCUUUCUUCUUCUUUCACAUUCGAAAGGGGUUCAGAAGUCAGAAAAUGGGGGUACCUUCAAAGCAGAAGAGAAAGGCUCCUUUCAGUGACAGUGAGUUUGAGGAUGAUGACGAUUUAAACAGUGACGAGCUAAUGAUGGAGCAGGAAGAGGAUGACUUUGAUGAUGAUCAGGAGGAGGAAAAAGAAUCAGAAGAAGAAGAGAAUGAAGAAGAAUCAGAAGAUGAAGAGGAUGAAGAAGAAGAAGAGGGGGAGGAGGAAGAGGAAAAUGGUGAUGGGCAAGAUGAUAAUAAGAUGCUGAGAUAGAAGAACUUGAGAAAGAAUACAUGAG